AUGCACGGAAGGGAAGUGCUGGUUGGCACUCCUGUCAAGGAGGGUCAUGCCAAUUACAUGCUUAUGUACGACAUGCUGACUGGCAUCAGAAUAUCUGUGUCUCGUUGCAAUGCUAAGCCGCUGCGGGACAUUGUUGCUGAAGAUUUCACAGCUGCACACAAGCUUGCUUUUGACGUAACUGGCAAUGAGAUGACCCCAUCAUCAAAAUAUGAUUUCAAAUUUAAAGACUACGCUCCGUGGGUAUUCAGGCGGGUUCGUGACAGUUUUCAUGUCGAUCCUGCCGAAUACCUGUUGUCUCUCACUGGAAAAUAUGUCCUUUCCGAAUUAGGCAGUCCUGGUAAAAGUGGCAGCUUUUUUUACUAUUCACAAGACUAUCGCUUCAUCAUUAAAACCAUUCACCAUUCUGAGCACAAGUUUAUCCUCAAGAUUCUCGAGUAUUACUACAACCACAUUAGAUCUAAUCCACACACUCUCUUGUCUCGCAUAUUUGGUCUACACAGAGUAAAAUUGCCUGGAAACCGCAAAAUUCAUUUUGUGGUCAUGGGAAAUGUGUUUCCCCCCAACAAGGAUAUUCACGAAGUAUAUGACCUAAAGGGAUCCAUUGUAGGUCGGUCUAUUUCUGAAGAAGAGGCUUGCAAAAAUCCCCGUGCUGUCAUGAAGGAUUUGAAUUGGCUUGAUCGGAGUAGAAAAAUGCUACUUGGAACAGAGAAGCGGCGGUUACUGAUUGAACAGAUAGAACGAGACUGCGCUUUCCUUGUUGUCCAAAAGAUCAUGGACUACUCCUUGCUUGUUGGGCUUCACGACGUAGUAAAAGGAAAUCGUGACAAUAUUCGUGAUCUAACACUCUCGGUAUUCGAGCCUAACCCCGAAACACUGUCACGGCGUGCAACUGCCGCUAACCGUAUGAGCAAGGCCCAAGUCAUCCGUAAAGCCAUGGUAGAAUCUGAUAUCAUGCAGCUGGGUCCUUCAAGCUCAAAAUUGCCCGACAAUGCACCACCAGAACGUCGCUACUGUAUAUUUUAUCAAGACGAGGGUGGCUUCCGUGCAACAGAUGAAACGAAUAUGCCUUUGAAGGAAAUUUACUAUAUUGGCAUCAUUGAUAUUUUUACUAAAUACAGUGCGACCAAAAAGGUUGAGCAUUUCUUUAAAUCCUUUGGCAAUGACAGCACCAAAAUAUCUGCAGUCAAUCCCAUGCUCUAUGGCAAGCGGUUUAUAGAAUUUAUGCGCAAUGCGAUCAAGGGAUAUACUGGAGAUCCAUCAGAUGCUAAUCAGAUUUCAUCCACACCUGCUUCUCCAGGAUUUCCUCCUGUGAUGGGUACGUUGAACUCUUCUGGAAACAUGCCAGCCAUGUCUCUUGUUGGGUCAACAACUGCCUCCAUACCUUGA